AGGUCCACCCUCGCGGCCGCGUGGCUGUGCGUCCCGGCUGUUGCCGAUAAAGUUGUUUGAAGUCUGGCAGGCGUCGGCGGCGGCAGUGGGUCACGUGAUCGGAAGAUGGCGGCCCCGGCAGGCGGCGGGGGCUCCGCGGUGUCGGUGCUGGCCCCAAACGGGCGGCGCCACACGGUGAAGGUGACGCCGAGCUCCGUGCUUUUGCAGGUUCUGGAGGACACGUGCAGGAAGUUGGACUUCAACCCCAGCGAAUACGAUCUGAAGUUUCAGAGGAACGUGCUUGACCUCUCCCUGCAGUGGAGGUUCGCCAACCUGCCCAAUAACGCCAAGCUGGAGAUGGUUCCUGUGUCCCGCAGCCGUGAGGGGCCCGAGAACAUGGUUCGCAUUGCUGUGCAGCUGGAUGAUGGCUCCAGGUUGCAAGACACUUUCUGCUCGGGCCAGACGCUCUGGGAGCUUCUCAACCAUUUUGCACAGACGAGGGAGUGUCUGGAACAGCCGAGUGAGGCCAGCCCGGUCUGCGUGUCUAUGAGGGAUGAGGUGACUGGCAGAGCCGCCUUGCAGAGCACGACGCUGCAGUCACUGGGCCUCACCGGGGGCAGUGCCAUCAUCAGGUUUGCCAUGAGGCAACGCAUUUCGGCCAUCAAGCAGGAACCUGGAGGUUCCCGGAGCGAAAGCCCAGGGAGCCCGACUCCUUCCCUGUCGGCCGAACAGGCAGCCAGCAGCCCUCUGCUGCCGUUGAGCUCCAUGGGGCUGAGCCAGGGUGACAUGAGCCGUCAGGACCAAGCAGUCACCUCAGGGGCCAGCCACGUGGAUGGCCUGGGCCCAGAGCCUGUGUCCGUGCAGGCAAAACAGACCUCAAAGCAGCCCACACCUGCCCCCUUUGUGCCUUUUUCUGGCGGGGGACAGCGCCUGGGGGGCCCCUCCGGCUCUGCGAGGCAUCUGAUGUCACCUUCAGCCAAAUUGCCAAAGUCCUUCUCCAGCCCCGGAGGCCCCUCCAAGCCCAAGAAGUCGAGGCCUGGCCAGGAGCCCCAGCCGGAACCGGAGCCGCCGGUCGACCGGGACCCCGUGGUGUGCCACCCUGAUCUGGAGGAGCUGCACCACGCCUGGCCCGGGGAGCUGCCGGACGAGUUCUUCGAGGUGACCGUGGACGACGUGAGAAGACGCUUGGCCCAACUCAAGAGUGAGCGGGAGCGCCUGGAAGAAGCCCCCUUAGUGACCAGGGCCUUCAGAGAGGCUCAGAUGAAGGCGAAGCUGGAGCGAUACCCUAAGGUGGUCCUGCGGGUCCUGUUCCCUGAUCGCUACAUCCUACAAGGUUUCUUCCGCCCCAGUGAGACAGUGGGGGCCUUGCAGGACUUUGUGAGGAGCCACCUGGGGAACCCUGAGCUGCCCUUCCACCUGUUCAUCACUCCUCCAAAAACCACCCUGGACGACCCCACGCUGACCCUCUUCCAGGCAAACCUCUUCCCUGCUGCUCUUGUGUACUUUGGAGCUGAGGAGCCAACAGUCCUCUACCUGGAGCCCAGGCUGCUGCAACACACCGUUUCCCCAUCUGCAGCUGAUGUGCUGGUGGCCAGGUGCAUAUCCAGGGCCUCCGUGACUCCGCCCCCACAGCCAGCCCCUGACCCUGCGCCCCUUGAGUCCCAGCCCGCUGCUGAGGAGGCAGUGGGGCCCCUUGAGCCUAGCCCCAGGGCAGCCCAGCCUGUGAGGAGGGAUCUGGGCAAGGUACCCAAGUGGCUCAAGCUGCCAGCCACCAAGAGGUGAGAUCCGCCAGCCCAGAGAGCCCACUGCUGGCAACAGGAUCCCUCCCCACCCUGAGCGGGAAUAAAGACGAGAGCUUCUCCUGA